UGAGCAAAGGUUUUUGAUUUUUGUAAAACGGACUUUUCGUGUUGAUUGACCAAACUUUCAAUUGAUUCUACACUUUAUGGCGUUUAACCCCCUACACAACUUGAAUAAUACAAAAAGCUCCAACAAAAUUGAAGCACCCAACGACAGUAGACAGCUGCACAUGGCGCGGAAGGUGUUCGACAAAAUGCCUAUGUGAAAUUGAUUCCGAUCACGUUAACCAUUUGCUCCCAAUCAGGAAAACACGCCUUGAAAAAACAAGCUUGGGAGAGGUGUAUCUGAGAUCGAGAAAUGUUGAGGCGACCCAGUUUACUGUCAACUUUUUUGUCGGCGGCCAAACCAUCUCUGCUUAAUCAGGUGGCAUAUGGAUUGAGUUUUCUUGAAGCAUUCAGCACAACAACGUUCCUGAAACCGGCAGAAGGUGGAAUCCUGUCAAAAGCAAGGACUCCAAGCAUUAACUUUGUAUUAGGAGGCCCUGGUGUUGGAAAGGGCACUCAAUGUGCAAGGAUUGCUGAGAGGUAUGGAUUCACACAUCUAAGUGUUGGAGAUUUACUGAGAAAUGAAAUAUCUUCCAACACUGAAUACGGUGAAAUGAUUUUGGAGACAAUUACAAAAGGGAAAAUUGUUUCUUCAGAAGUGACAGUGAAAUUGCUAAAACGUACCAUUGAAUCUAAUGAAACGGAUAGAUUUCUAAUCGAUGGUUUCCCAAGAAGUGAGGAGAAUCGUGUGGCUUAUGAACAGAUUAUUGGAAUAGAACCGGGAGUUGUACUUUUCUUUGACUGUGAUGAAGAGGAGAUGGUAAAACGAGUACUCCAUCGUAAUCAGGGGCGAAUUGAUGAUAACAUUGAUACCACAAUGGAACGACUUAAAGUGUUUGAAGCUUAUACUCUGCCUGUUAUUAAAUACUACACUGAGAAAGGGAAGCUUUACAAGAUUAAUGCCAUAGGAACAGAAGACGAAAUCUUUGAACGAGUUCGGCCUAUUUUUUCAUCCCUACACACACCAUGAUGCCCAAGAGAAAAAACAUUUCUUGACAAGGUUGUUUUUUUAGUUUGACAAACCUAUGUCAUUAAAAUAUUGCCUUUCUAAAGAUGAUGGAAAAUGUUGUAAUAUCUGUGUGUGUCAAUAAAUCAAUCUCGGACUGGUUAUAGGGGAAAUAAUAAUCUUUGUAUUUUAUUAGGGAAAAUAAAACAAAAGCCAUUGUUGUGUAUUAAAACCAUUGUUGAAUCUGAUGAUGCUGAAACUGAAA